AUGUCAUUACCACAUGAUGCUAUUCUCGAUAUGCUCAAUCAAGUAGAGCAGGAUGAAUCCAACCCCAAUGAAGAACUAAUCUUGAUGAUUAGAGACAAACUUCUCGAAACUAAAGACGAAUCAAAUAUUGUUUUGCUAGCCCAAUUCAGUAAGUCCUUGUACACGGUAAAGAGGUCACAAUUACUAAUCCCAGCACUCGAUUUGUAUCAAGCAGAGAAGCCACUAGGGCCAGGAAAUACGAAACAAUUAUCUUUGGAAACAUUGCUUUCCUACUACAAGUAUACCUUUUUCAACUUGGUUAAUAUCCUCACUGAAAAUCCAACCGAAGCUGUAAAAACGCAAGCCAAAUUAUUUGGUCAGGUAUACAAUAACAUUAAUAUAGAUGAGGAAUUUGUGGAGGAACAGUCGCUUUAUGCAUUGUUGGCAAAGAACAUAGAGGAUUUGUGCAACGAUAAGAGAAUUCCAAAUCGAAUUUCCAAUGAAAUCAAGACGAAUAUCAAGAAUCAGAAUACAUUUGUGGCAUUGAAGCAUCUCUUUGAAAGCUCUGGGAUCAACAGGAUACCCAUAUCAUCCAUAAGGGGCAUGUUUGGAAUUGAGGACGUUGCCGCGGUCUUUGCAGGUCAAGAAUCGCUCAAUUGGGAAAUAACGGAUGACGUGUUAAUUAUGAGCAGGAAACUAAAGGAAAUGAGCAUUGACCAAAUGGUCAAAGCUCAAUUAGAGACAACUCGGUUGACCCAAAGGCUCAGAGAUACAAUGUAA